ACUCCUUCAUGGAUGACUCCACAAAUGAAAUCAUACUCUUUGAAUUGAUUCAGGUGACCCAAGCAAAAAGUUCUGUUGGUAUGGAGCCAUUAGGUUUCAGGAAAGGACUGGAAAGGCUCUUGGAUGAAGGGAUCCAUGUAAAGGUCGUAACCACUGACAGACAUCCAUCCAUCUGGAAAACUUUGAGAGAGACUUUUCCAGACAUAGACCACCAGUUUGAUCCUUGGCAUAUAACGAAAGGAAUAAAAAAGAAAUUGGUCCAAGCCUCUAAACGCAAGUACUGCAAAGACAUUGGUCCUUCGAUAAAGAGCGUAACCAAUCACUUGUGGUGGUGCUGCAGCACAUCGAAAGGAGAUGGAGAGGAGUUGAUUCGACGAUGGAAGUCACUCCAUCAUAUCCGUGGAGUCCAUCGCUGGGAGGAAAAUGGAGAAGAGCACAAAUGCUACCACCCCGAUUUGUCAGCAGAUGAGCAAAGGAAGAAGAGAUGGUUGUUGGAAGACUCAGCUGCGUUCAAAGCCUUAUAUGAGGUUGUGAUGAACAGACGUCUCCUUCAAGAUUUGGAGCAAAUGACGCUGUUCAAGCACACGGCUAUGUAUAUAUGUGAUGGAAGAUAGUGAAAAGGCCCAAUAAAAUGCAAUAAGAUGUAACUGUGUGUUCAGGAAAUCUUUCUGUAAAAAUGAUUUACAGUAAAUGGGGUGGUUAUGUAGCACCACAGACAAGAGGAGCAUUGGCAUGCAUACUAAUCUACGUUUUUAGUUUUUAUACAUAAGACAUAAAUACAUUAUUCCACAAUGACAAUCUUCAACAGGUCAUGCACACACACUGUGAUAAAUAUUGCAUAAAGUAUGUGGUUUAUAGUUUGUAAUGUCAAUUAUGGUUU